GGUUCUGAUCUGCUUUUUCUGGCACUUUCUGUGACUUAUCAAAUUCUACCAUCAACGCGGGCAUUCCCAAUAGAUUGCCAAAAGAACACUGCAGACUGUUUGGAAGAAAUAAUGAAGGAAGUCACCCAAGUUCGAUUUGAGGUUAAAAUUCUCACGGAGAACAAGACAUUGACGAGACGUAAGAACGAUUCCUCUUCGUUCAUGUGUGUUACUACCUUUAUUAACAUUUAUUCAUUUCAAUUCUUGUUGUCAUUUUUCAAGAGUAUAUCACCUGUUAUUCCCUUGCAUAUCAUCAACAGCUAAGAACUGUGUUGAGCUCUACCAUUCCGGUCAAAGGAUCAGCGGUGUUUACACAAUCGACCCAGAUGGCUCAGGCGCUUUUAAUGUAUAUUGUGACCAAACUACUUCUGGUGGGGGGUGGACAGUCUUCCAGAAGAGAAUGGAUGGCUCUGUUGAUUUUAAUCGCACUUGGAAUGACUACAAACAUGGCUUCGGUAACUUGGUCGGUGAAUUUUGGCUCGGACUGGACAAGAUAAACCGUCUGACAAAAAACAAGACAAAGAACAUGCUUCGAGUAGAUCUGGGGGUAACUACUCGCCAAACGGUUCACGCUGAAUAUGAAUGGUUUGGGAUUGGGAACGGGACGACUGACUACCGGCUGUACAUUGGCAAUAUGACAAGUAAGUAAACCGUCUUUUUAAACAUUCAUCGUUGGAUUUUUAUAUGUUACUUUCCUUUCGACGUCCAGUGCCCUAUUCACACAGAAGCUUAAGAGCUGGUUUUUUUUUGCUAAAAAAGGAUUUAAAAUUGGUUUCUUCAGAGAGGCUGCUUAAACUGAUGUUUUUCCACUGUAAAUUUAGCCAAUUAAAAAUACAAGUUCGUGACAACUUGAAUCUCACGGAAAACUCAGUUAUUCAGUUCUCUGUUACUGAUUGUUACUUCAAUCCCUUCCCCCAACUCCACGUAACUUGCAAAUAAAGGUUUCAGUUUAGCGUUUGAGUGUUUUUUGCUGUUAAUUCUGCCCAUACUUAGUUAAGUAUGCGCUACUUCGUGGACAGUUUGUAUUCGAAGCCGCUUGAUGUAGAAAAGUCAUUGAACUCGGCUUUACCAAAAUCACAAAAUUUAAGUAUUUAUUAUUUUGUCCGAUAUGUUUGUAUAUCGAUAUCCGCCCCACUUCAUCGAUUAUUUAGUUUGGGGUGUCAAAAACAUUAUCUUGAUCCUAAUAUCUAAUAAUAAUAUAUCUAAGAAUAAUUUUUUCUUUUUAAGCAGAUGCAUCUGUUUCCUUUGAUUCCCUCAAUCCUCACAAAGAUCUCAAUUUUGGUACUUGGGAUAGAGAUCCUGCUAAUUGUGUUCUAAAAAGAGGCGGAGGCUGGUGGUAUGGCAGAAGUAAUGAUUGUGCUGUUUGGUCGAAUCUCAACGGAAUUUUUCCGUAUUGUCGAAAGGAAACCUGGGCUGAUAUCCAUUGGAAAAACUUAGAUCCAAACAAUCCCAAGGGCAGCGCCCCCACAUCUACUGAAAUGAAAAUUAGACCAGUGGAUUUUUUUUAA